UUAUUCAUCUUUUCUGAGGAGAGUGGGUGGGGCUUUUUCCGUCCAGUCCCCGACCGGCUCUUUCGGAACGUACUUGGGACUGACGUUCUACGUAAGAGGAAUGCAAUGCGCGCGCAUGACGCAGUUGCCCAUGGUAACCGGGAGCCGCGUAGAGGAUGGGUUUGCUGUCAAUUCUGCGUAAACUGAAGAGUGCACCAGACCAGGAGGUAAGGAUCCUCCUCCUGGGAUUGGAUAAUGCAGGCAAGACCACACUUUUGAAACAACUAGCAUCUGAAGAUAUCACCCACAUCACUCCAACACAGGGUUUUAACAUUAAAAGUGUGCAAGCACAGGGCUUCAAGCUGAAUGUGUGGGACAUUGGUGGACAGAGGAAGAUCAGGCCAUACUGGAGGAAUUAUUUUGAGAAUACUGAUAUCCUGAUUUAUGUCAUUGAUAGUGCAGAUAGAAAGAGAUUUGAAGAAACUGGUCAGGAGCUAGCAGAGCUCAUAGAUGAAGAGAAACUAAGUGGUGUUCCUGUGCUCAUCUUUGCAAACAAACAAGACCUGCUGACGGCAGCUCCUGCUGCAGAGAUUGCAGAGGGUCUGAACUUGCACACGAUCCGUGACAGAGUCUGGCAGAUUCAGUCUUGUUCUGCCCUCACGGGAGAGGGUGUGUCGGACGGCAUGAACUGGGUCUGCAAAAAUGUCAAUGCAAAGAAGAAGUAAGUUGAACUGAGUUGCAUGCUACUGGAGAAGCUGCAGGAGCUCAUUACACUAGCUGGCUGCGAGUGUCUGACCAAAUGUUUUCCAUCUGCACACAGCUACAGCUGUUAAAAAUGGGAACAGCAGCUAAGCCUAUUGCUCAAAUUGGAACUUUAUCUGCUCUCUAGUAUCAUUCCCCUCCCCCAACUGCAUUUCCCUCCCUGUACUUCUUUUUGGGGGCGUAAAUAGUAUUAAAGCUCUUGACUUUCAUCUGAUGAAACCAUGAGAUUUGAAAAACAGGAGCAGAUUGCACUCUGGCAUUGAGACUUCUGGCGAGUUCCACAGAGUUAGGAUGAUCAUAGCAACGUGUACAGGAGCCCACAUCAGUUCUGAAAUCUCUCAGGAUGACUGCCUGGUCCCAUUCAAAGUUUUACUCAUCAAUAUAUGAGCUAAUGUUUUGUUAGCAGCACAUGUGCUUCAAUUUCAAAAUGGAGCUGAUGAGGUAUCUUGAAAAGCUCCCUGAAACAGUGUUCCAUAUUCAUUAGUUUGCACACAUGUGGGAACCUCACUCCUGCCAUUGGACUGUAACACCUAUCAGAAGGGAAGAAGAGGACAUCCUGCCUCUGGAAGAGAAGAGAAAAUGUCAGGAGCUACUUUUGCUGUUUUAACUGGGAGACAUGAGCAGUAAGCUAAAUGGAAACAAUGAAAGGGAAGCCGGAGGAUGGCCAACAUGAUGACAAAACUCAGAGGAGGAACUCUUUUGAACGGAAUGGAUUUUGAGGGAAUGUCCAGUUACCUUGGGCCAUUCCAGCCAGGCCUGGCUAGGUUUGCGUUUGCUGCAUAUUCAAUAGGAACAGAGGAGCUGCCUUAUGCCAGGUCAGGCCAUUGGUCCAAUUGUCAACAGUGAGUGGAAGCAGCAACCUAGGGUUCAGACAAGGACUUCCAGCAAUACCUGGAGAUGAUGGGGAUUGAACUUGGAACCUUCUGCGUGCAAAGCAUGUGUUCUACAACUGAACUAUGGCCUCUCUUCUACAUAUAAAUUACGGUCCCCCAAGAUAUGCUAUCAAGUAACAUUCUAUUGUGUAAAGGCUCCAUCAAGUGCAUGAGCUAAUAAAGGAACUGAGACUUCUA